AAUUCCUUGCCACAAACUGCUAUUUAAGCAGCUAUUGAUGAGCCAAGUUGAAGGGUGAGCGACAAAUUAAGCUGAGAGAAGCCAUGGUUUCUAGAGAGCAAAAGAAGGCAGUCAUGUGUAAGAAGCAGCUGCAACUGCUUCGUUCUAACUCCCAUACGAAUAGUACAAAAACCUCAGUUGUCUUAGACCCAUCAAAGUACAUACCAGAGCUCAAGCAGAAGGAAGAAAAAAAGAAUCAAGACAUUACCAUGGCACAAGUUUCUAGUACUAGUCAAAAUCCUUCGCAAAUGCAACUUCGAGUAGAAGCACAGGAAAAGAGCUUUUCUAUUAAGAUAUUCACUGAAAGUAGUUGCCGUGGGUUGCUUGUAUUCAUAUUGGAAGCUUUUGAAGAUCUGGGUCUUGUUGUGCUUCAUGCUAGGGUUUCCUGUUCAGACAAUUUUCUUUUAGAAGCAAUCGGAACAAUAGUAAGCAAGAGAAUAAAGAAGAUGAGCCGGUCGAUGCUGAAAAGAUUGAACAAGCUCUGCUGAAAGCUUUCCGAAAAUGGAGUGAAGUUAAUUAGUGAGCAGUAAUUUAUAAUGAAAUAACUACACUGAUGUAGAAACCUUUUCUUUUCGUUCUUUGUUUAGUUAUAUAUCUUUUUAUUUUUAUCUCU